CCGUCUUGUCACAGCGUAGCAGCGCCCCGCAGCCCGGCAGGACACGGGAAUGGUGUCGGACAAUGGAAACGGACGACGUGUCGGUUAGAGAGCAACUUUUCCACAACCGUGUCCGGGAGACCAUCGUGAGUAGACCGGGUGGCGAGACGCGACCGUCGGUCGGUGAAUCCGCAUGACGAGGCUCGACCACCUCGAAGGGGGGGGGGGGGGGGGGAGAAGCACACGUAGUAGUUUUGACUCGUGACGUUUUACUUCUCUUUCCUCGCGCGCGAGCUGGGGGUCGCUCAUCUCUCGGAUGUGAGUCGGUAACGGGUCUUCUGUUUCCAGCAGUAAUCUGGAGCAAGGAGUUCGUGCGAUAAACGGCCGGGUUUCUUUCCGAACGGAGCAUGUUCUGUGACAGUUAGCUCGACUGCUGCGGGGACGCUGAUUGGUGCCGCCGGUCACCGGCUGGGCUCCGGAGCAUCUGGAGCUGCGUCUCCUCCGUCGCGGCUCUGAACCGCUUCACUUGUUCCGUCUGUCUGCUGUGAUGUUCUGUGACGUUCAGCACUUUGUUGUCAGGGACUGUCCGACCUCGCUUGUUCUCAGUGUUGUGUCGAGGGCAACGCUUCCUGCUGAACUUCAGACUUCGGAGAGAUCAGCUGUGUUACAGCGAGGCACGCCGAGAGUGACCUUUAACCCCGAAGAAGAAGGAGAGAAGAAUCUGAUCGCACGGGCAGUUCAUUUCCACAGAUAUCCUGUCUCCAAUAUUUCUGAACAAUAAUGGAUGAGAUCUGUGUGCUCCUGUUUACAUGCCUCUACAUACUGUCCUACCUCAUACUUACCCACUUCAAGAAGACAGCGGAGUUUGUCACAGAGGAUAUUGAAGAUGCCACCGUCAACAAAAUUGCCCUGUGGUUGUGUACGUUCACCCUGUCUGUUGCGGUGUCUGCUGUACUCCUACUCCCCAUCUCCAUUUUGUCCAACGAGGUGCUGCUCACCUUCCCACAGAGCUACUACAUGCAGUGGCUCAAUGGAUCUCUUAUCCACGGCUUGUGGAACCUAGUUUUCCUUUUCUCGAAUUUGUCUCUGGUCUUCCUCAUGCCCUUUGCCUACUUCUUCACGGAGUCUGAGGGAUUUGCGGGGUCCAAAAAGGGGGUGAUGGCUCGCGUGUAUGAAGCAGUUGUGCUGCUGUUGCUGCUGGCGUUGCUUGUGCUGGGCAUUGUGUGGGUGGCAUCGGCCCUCCUCCAUGACAACAUAGCCAGAAAGAGCCUCUACGACCUGUGGGAGUAUUACCUUCCCUACCUGUACUCAGGCAUCUCUCUCUUUGGAGUGUUGCUGCUAUUGUUGUGCACUCCCUUUGGGUUGUCCCGAAUGUUCAGUGUAACAGGCAGCCUGCUUGUCAAACCACGGCUGCUGGAGGAUGUGGAAGAUACACUGGACUGCACCACAUUUGAAGAAGAUGCGCUCUCCAGGAAACUGAACUGCGGCAGUCCAUCAUGUUGGGUCAAGCUGAACAUGGAGGCGAUGAAAAAAGAGCACCAAACAUUGCGGAGCCAGCGCAUCGCCCUGGAGAUGCGUAGGAAAGCAUCACCAUGGCAGCGAAACCUGGGUUAUCCACUGGCUAUGAUUGGGCUCCUCGCACUAACGGUGAUGUGUGUGCUGAUGGUCUGUUUCAACGUUUUGGAGUUGCUCCUGGAUGAGACGGCUAUGCCCAGAGGAAUGGAGGACCCUCACCUGGGAAUGGCCUCCUUCUCUAUGUUCGGCUCCCUGGGAGCUGCGGUUCAAGUCGUCCUUAUCCUCUACCUAAUGGUGUCCUCAGUAGUCGGUUUCUAUAGUUCUCCUCUCUUCACUGGCCUCCUGCCUCGUGCACAGGACACUAACCUCACCCAGAUAAUUGCAAAUUGUGUUUCACUGCUUAUCCUGAGCUCUGCACUGCCGGUCUUCUCACGCACACUUGGGAUCACCCGCUUCGAUCUACUGGGAGACUUUGGUCGGUACAACUGGCUCGGGAACUUCUACAUCGUCUUCCUGUACAACAUGCUGUUCGCUGGGCUCACAUCCGCCUCCCUGAUCAAGACCGUCACCUGGGCAGUUCAGAGAGAGCUAAUCCGUGCCUUUGGUCUCCACAGACUGCCUUUAACUGUGUCACGGUCGACCGUCCCCUUCAGACUCCUCCUGGCAAGUGGACUUUCUAAAAUCCAGUGACUUCUCCCGACCACUGCCUUUUCCAACCCCUAAAGAAGCUGAGCCAUUUAAAAUGUGCAACCUAUUGGAUUCAGUGCCUUUGCAUCACAUAGGUCAUCUCGCCCUGUGUGAACAGACGGGAGAGGGUCCGUCUGCACAGUGGGAGCUCUUCUUAAAGCUGUGUUUAAUGACACAGUUUAUCAGGGUCCAAGUUUAUGCAGUUAACUGACUGUGAGGACAAGCACUGGUACAAGUGCUUAGCCAAGUCAUGAUUACGACUGGAACAAGAGGAAACGGGAUAACAGCCAUAUUGGUCGUCCUACUAUAGUGGACAACAACAGAGCCUGAUGCCUCACGAAAACAGGAUUCAUUGGACAGCCGUUGCUCUUUUGACACGUGAAAGUCAGCAGAGUUAUUUUGAAAUAUUACAUUGUGGCUGUGACAUAAUUUCCUCUUCCUGCUUCGGGUCGAUUGAGUGCUCUCGCUUUCUGCGUGACUUCCCCACGCUUUCCUCUCUUAGGCUGUGCCACUAUUUUAGGAUUGGGAAUCUUACUUCCAUGUGUUUGGUGGCUCGGUGUGAACCAGUGUUAAGUUAGUAAAUGAGAGGAAGGGGACACAGACUACCUGGUCUCUCUGUGGAUCAGCAGGUUACACAGGGAACAUAAGAGGGUGAGGUAGCAGCGGAGUGUUGGACCUUUUCUGUGGUGAUUCAUUAUUGAGCAGGAUUUUGCUUUUUCUUUUUCAAGAUGGCAGUAAGCUCACUGAGUCUGAGGAUUAAUCUACAAUUUUCAAAAACACUAAAAAGAUAGCUUUAUUUUUUUCAAGAUAUUUGAAUGCCAUGUGACACUCACUAGGAGAAACGAAUGCCUUAGACCAAUCAAACUGUGAAUUGCUAAGAAUCUGUAUGGGAACGUGCAAUAUUUUGUAAGUAAAAAGCACACUUUAUCUUUACCAAAGGUAAUUUUUUUUAAAUUUUAUAUAUGCUUUUAAAAGUUUAUUUUUUUUAAUAUCAUUCUUCUUGUUGUAACUUGUGGUGCAAUCUCAGAAUUUCUUUAUUAUUUUCUUCAUUAUUUUCUUAUAACAAAUGUGGCUGCCGUCAAGCCAUGCAGUCCUCUCUGGUGUGUUUUUAAUAUUUUUUCAACCUAAGUUCUGUUCUGUUAAUCAGCUGUACCUCAUCAUCCUCAACAUAUUGAUGAUCUCAUGUCACUAUUUGCCAUUGCUGCUGUAUCAGCAGGUUAAGAGAUGUUGGUUUGACCAGCAGGGGGCAGUGUUUCUCAAACCCAACAUCACCUUGGGUGUUGUCAGGUUCUUUCUCUGGUUAGUUAUGUAUUAUACACGGAGCACUUAGGUUUACUUAUCUCAUGUUUUCUGGGAUUUUCCAUUUGUUUUUAGGGAACACCGUUUUUAAUGUGCUGUUUUUUUUAAAGUCUUUAUUUAUGGGCAUUUUGGGAUAUUCACAUGUUAAAAACAUUGAAUGUGAUACAGUUUGGACAAAAAUAAGUCUUUAGCGUUGUUCUCAGAGAUGAAAAAAACAAUGUGCUUCCUGUUUACUUAUGAAAUGCUCUGAUGUUUCAGAUUUUCUUAAAACUGAAUUUAUAACCAUCAUUGUUUUGAGCAGAAAAGCAAUAAAAUGUCUUCGUGCUUUUGA